UCCCACAACCCAUACAUGUCCCGUACACACCACGCAUGUGUCGCAAAUGUCGCAUGUAACUCCGCACGCCUCCCGCGCGUUCCCCCGCCCUGUCCCUUGCGUGUCCCCCGCGCCCCCCGCGCUCCCCGCGCGGUCCCUUUAAGCGCGGGGGCGUGUCGGUGCUGGCGGGGCCGCCCGGCCCGGCCCGGCCCGUUAAAGGCCCCGGUGAGGGGCGCGCACGGCACUCGGGCGGGGGCGGCGGGGCCGUGGGGCCAGGGCCCGCAGGAUGUACACGCUGACGCGCGGCCCCAGCAAGCUCGCCACGCAGCGCCGCACAGCCCAGCGCAGAAACUCGUCUUCAACAGAGUGAAUGGCAAGAGGCCCCCGCUGCUGCUGCAGCAGAUCUCGGCCCCUGAGGAAUGCUACACACUGGCCCACGAGGAGAACGUCCGCUUCGUCUAUGAAGCCUGGCAGCAGGUAGAGCAGCAGCUGGACAGCAGCCAGAGAGAGGAGAGCRCCCACGGCCCUGUGCAGUAUGUGGAGAAAACCCCCAACCCUGGACUCAAAAACUUCGUUCCCAUUGACCUGGAAGAGUGGUGGGCACAGCAAUUUCUGGCGAAAAUCGAGAACUGCUCAUAAAAGGGAAGAAAAGGUUGCGUUUGGUUUCUUUUUGAGAGAAACGAAGCUGCGAGCACCUGGUCACACCCCAGAAUUGGUGGCAUUUUUGAACCACAUUUUUAAAACGUGCCCGGAGUGGAGUGAGCCAGCCCAGCGGGACCGGACCACAGCCAUGCCCGGCCACGCGCCCUCCCCAUGCCCGGCAGAGGAGCGGCGUGCGGCCUGGGCCAGGAUUCCUUAAGUGCCAGUUCUCGGACUGCUGCAGCUCCUGCAGCCUCCAGCUCCCAGGGACACUGCGGUGCCAUGCUGGGGACGAGGGAGUGGCUCCCCCCCUGCGGCCGUAACCACGGGGAGGAAAGGGGGGGCUGUAGCAGGACUGACAGACAAUAAAGCGCUGAAACUG